AUGCCUGCGGAACAGCCUGACGGAGUUUGGGCAGGGGACCAGAAUUCAAAGCUAAGGAGACAUAUUGAGAUCAUUGCUGUCAAGCGCCUCAUGCCAAUAUCACAGAACUGGCUGGCCUCAAGCAAUUGGCAGGCACACUAUGUCGCAGCCUUCAACUCUAGACCAAUUGCGGUCUCGGGCUACAUUCGUGGUAUCUUUUACAUAUAUACAAAGCGCUGGACGCAUCGCUCUAAAGGUCAGACGAGAUAUUAG